AUGGCUUCUCAGCUGGAUACGCACGCUUUCAAUAUCUCCCCGGUAGAGAAUGGGAGAUUGUGCACAAAUGGAACACCAUGGAUUUGGCAUCUGCUGGACGAAUGUGUGGAGGACGCGUGGGAGUAUUGGAGCGUUGUCACGGGGCUGAUUUCCAUUGUCUGUUUUCUGUUUGCUGCACUACCUCAAAUUUACAGCGCCUGUCAGAGCGGAAGGGUGGAUCAAGCGCUGUCUUUGGGCUUUCUGCUGUGUUGGAUAGCUGGAGAUCUGGCAAACUUCGUAGGCUGCUAUUUAACAAAUCAACUGCCAAUUCAGAAUGCCACUGCCAUUUUUUAUGUUAACAUGGAUAUAAUUAUGAUUUCACAGUUUGUCUACUAUAAGCUCAAGAAUCAGAAGACGACAAAAUACAGCAAAAGCCUGAGAAGUUUCUGCAUAACCUGGACCGUGGUGUGUAUGGCACUGGGCAUUGUUUUACUCUCUCAGCUGUUACUAAGAAACCAGAGUACAGAAAUCAAAAGGAGAAAUAACUCUCUGGAUAUGAUUGAAAUGUCAGGCUUCAUUUGUGGCUACGUAUCCUGUGUGUUUUACUUGGGAAGUAGAUUUCCUCAGCUGUAUAAAAAUUUCCAGAGAAGAUCAACAGAAGGCACCUCUUACCUGCUGUUUGCAUUAGCUAUGAUGGGAAACUGCACCUAUGGGCUGAGCCUUGUUUUAAAGAUGCCACCCACCAAAUCCUUCCGGACCCUCUACUUUUUACACCAUCUCCCCUGGCUUAUUGGGAGCUUCGGCGUUUUGUUUCUAGACAUUUUUGUGACCAUGCAGUUCCUCUUGUAUCGCCAGCACGAGGAGCGGCCGUCGGGUUUCGUGGCGCUGGAGGUGGCGCCGUUGCUGGUGGCUGAGGAGGCUGCCUAG